UUCUGUCUUCGUUGCACAGCACACCCAUCUAUCGUCAUGCCUGUGGCGGCUGUAAAUUGAAAAGAAAAGCACAACUAUAGCCGACGUACCCCACCUCACUACUGUUGUUGCAAGAGUGCAAGACCUGUGUAGAGCGUGGUUUGACUUGAGUUUGACAAUUUGGUUAACAAGGAAUACAUAAGAAAAGUAAAUUCAAAUUGUUUUACUUUACACACUCCUCGAAACUCCUCAAGACUUUCUCGUUUACUUGAUACCUGUUAUUAAAUUAGUUUUAUUGUUAUAGUUCGCAUCAAAUUUAUAUUUCAAUAAUAUAAAAAUGUCGGCUGCAGGUGCUUAUUCCCUCUUAAACAAAGUUGAAAACGCACAUAGCGAUCCAAUUUAUUGUUGUUCCUGGGCCAAAGUAAAAAUAAACCAAGAUUCUAUAGUAAACGAUAAUUAUGUAGUCACAGGUGGACUUGACGGUCUCGUGAAAGUGUGGAACGUUAAUAAUAACAAAUUGGAACUUCUACAGACUUUACAGGGGCACGCUAUGGCUGUUGUUUCCAUAGCAGUAAGUUCAAAGAGCCUUGUAUUUGCAUCAGCAUCAUUGGACUCUACAAUCAUUUUAUGGGAUUUACCAAAUUGUAAGAAAAUAAAACAAAUUAACACAGACGCAACAGAUACUUGGCAAAUUGCAUUUUCACCCGAUGGUGAUUUCAUUGUGUCAGGAAGACACAAUGGUAACCUGACUGUGUAUAACAUAGAAAAUAAUAGUAUAGAGACAGAAAUGGAUUCAAGAGGACAGUUCGCAUUAAGCGUGGCGUGGAGUGACAACGGCAAAUACAUAGCGUGCGGUUCUGUGGACGGCAACGUGCAUAUUUUUGAUGCAGUUCAACACAAGCUGUUGCACACUUUAAAUGCACAUACGGAAACAGUGCGUUCUGUUAACUUCUCGCCUAGUUCGAAACUCUUGGUCUCUGGUUCCACUGAUGGAUACGUCAAAAUUUUUAAUACAUAUAACAAGAACAUGGUAUGUAGUUUAAAACUGGACUCGUGGGUUAUGAGCGUGUGUUUCUCUCCCGACGAAUCAAGGGUGGCCAUAGCGACCGGUGAUGGUGCGGUCACGAUCGCUCUUACUGCGGAUCUGAAGGUUUUAAAGACUUUCCAGGAACACACAGGAAAAGUUUGCGACGUGAAAUUUAGUUCGGACGGUACCAAGCUUAUAUCCGUCGCAAAGGAUAAUUCAAUCAACAUAUAUGAGUGUCCAAAACUUAAAAAGUAAAAUGGCGUUUUUUCUAUACAACAAUGUUUGUUAUUUUGUAUGAUUUUUGAAUAAACGUCUAUUGUUA